CCCAUCCGCUUCCCUUAAAUACCGCUCGGACCUUUCGAUUCAGAUCGUACUGCAUUCGCCGGAAAAGCGAUCGCCAUUUUUGUUCGAAAAUCAAAUCUCUCCGAAUUUCUUUCCUCGGUCGCUUUCGAAAAAUCUUCCAAUCCAAACAUGCCUCGAGGAACUCUUGAAGUUCUCCUUGUGAAUGCCAAAGGUCUCGAGAACACCGAUUUUCUCGGUAACAUGGAUCCUUAUGUCAUCCUCUUUUGCCGUACUCAGGAGCAGAAAAGCAGCGUUGCAUCAGGGCAAGGGUCUCAGCCAGAAUGGAAUGAGAAUUUUGUAUUCACCAUAACUGGUGAGGUCUCCGAACUCAGGAUAAAGAUCAUGGACAGCGAUAGUGCUACUCAAGAUGAUUUUGUGGGAGAAGUAACCAUUCCUCUAGAUCCACUAUUCAUGGAAGGCAGCCUCCCACCAACAUCAUACAAUGUGGUUAAGGAUGAAGAAUACUGUGGAGAGAUUAGAGUUGGCCUCACAUUCACACCAGAUGUAAGAUUUUGUUUUUUAUAUAUUUUUUAUUCCAUAUUAUUUACUGUUUUGAAAGUCAAAUUAGAAGCAAAAAAUGUUCCUCUUAAACAACUUGAGAGGUGGCAAUUGUUGUUGCUCAUUUAACUAGCCAUAGUUACAAAAUCUGCGAUAGUUGCAGUCAUGAUGCCAUUACAUGCUAUUAUUAACCUAGCUUCUUGUUGGGUGUUCAUAGAGAAUGUGUGAUCAUGGUUUCCAAGCAGAGGAGGAAAGCUAUGGCGGGUGGAAAGACUCAGGAGCAGCAUAUUGAGAGUAACAACCAAGUUCUAUGGAAAUGAAUGAAAUGCAUAGUAUAUUUGGCUCAAAAUUAUCCAGUUUUUCACCUUAAUAAUAUGCGAUGAAGUAAUUUAAGUUUGAUGUAUUGCUUGCUUAAACAUGUUCAUUUGGCUUGGUGUACAAGUGUGAUAAGUUACUUGCAGUGUGUUUUGCAUCUUGUGAAUUUGUAUACACCUUGAAAAAAUUAUAUGGAAUGGUUGUUCUUAAUAA